AUGGGCAGCGCCAGCCCGGGCCUGAGCGGCGUGGCCCCCAGCCGCCUCCUGCUGCCCCCUGACACUGGGUUGAGGACAGGCCUGGAGAAGGGGGCCGUGGGGGCAGCAGGGCCUGAGAGCCGGGACUGGAGCCCCAGCCCACCUGCCACACCCGAGCAGGGCCUGUCCGCCUUCUACCUGUCCUACUUUGACAUGCUGUACCCUGAGGACAGCGGCUGGGCCGCCAAGGGCCCCGGGGCCAGCCCCCGGGACGAGCCGGCUGAGGAACCUGAGCAGUGCCCCGUCAUCGACAGCCAGGCCCCUGGGGGCAGCCUGGACUUGGCGCCGGGCGGGCUGACCCUGGAGGAGCACUCCCUGGAGCAGGUGCAAUCCAUGGUGGUGGGCGAGGUGCUCAAGGACAUCGAGACGGCCUGCAAGCUGCUCAACAUCACCGCAGACCCUGUGGACUGGAGCCCUGGCAACGUGCAGAAGUGGCUCCUGUGGACGGAGCACCAGUACCGGCUGCCCCCCGUGGGGAAGGCCUUCCAGGAGCUGGGGGGCAAGGAGCUGUGUGCCAUGUCGGAGGAGCAGUUCCGCCAGCGCUCGCCCCUGGGUGGGGACGUGCUGCACGCCCAUCUGGACAUCUGGAAAUCAGCGGCCUGGAUGAAAGAGAGGACUUCCCCGGGGACGAUUCACUUCUGUGCCUCGCCCAGCGAGGACAGCUGGGCCGACAGCGAGGUGGACUCGUCCUGCUCCGGGCAGCCCAUCCACCUGUGGCAGUUCCUCAAGGAGCUGCUGCUCAAGCCGCACAGCUACGGGCGCUGCAUCCGCUGGCUCAACCAGGAGAAGGGCAUCUUCAAAAUUGAGGACUCCGCCCAGGUGGCCCGGCUCUGGGGCAUCCGCAAGAACCGGCCCGCCAUGAACUACGACAAGCUGAGCCGCUCCAUCCGCCAGUAUUACAAGAAGGGCAUUAUCCGGAAGCCCGACAUCUCCCAGCGCCUCGUCUACCAGUUUGUGCACCCCAUCUGAGGGCUGAGGGCCAGGCCUUGGCCUGAAACCUCCGUCCUGCCUGCUCCUGCCCUGGCCGGACCCUGAGCCGAGGGAGAGGGCCGGCAUCUGCCAGCAUUCUGAGUCCAAGGUCAGGGAGGGCACGGCCCACCGCUCCCAGGGGCAUAAGUCAGCUUUCCGAGGCCUGAGUGGGGAUGCUUCCUCCUGAGGCCUGACUGAUCACGUGCCCAGCCCCCCAGGGCAUGGAGGGAGCAGGGGUGAAUAGGGAGGGCCCUCCCUCCACCCGAGCCUCUGACCCCAGGAUUUCCAGAGCAGAGCCGGCAGAAUGGCAGUGACUUGGCCAAGGCUACUAGAAGUCCAGUGCUCUGUGCCGCCCAUCCUGCACCAUGGAUGCAUGGUGCACCCCUGAGUUGGAGACGUCCGCACCCCUGAGUUGGGGUGCCAGGGGUACCCCUGGGAACAGAUAAUAAAGAUACCAGAGAACUGACACCACCCCAGUGUCUGUGCAGUGAGUCAGCAGGACAGCUCAGAGGCCAUCAGUGCUCAAAGUGG